AUGCCUUCCCUGCCAGAUCCCUCUCACAGCACCUGCCUGACGGACGCCUGUGUCCGAGUGGCCAGCAAGAUUCUGGAGGCCCUGGAUGCGGAGACAGACCCAUGCCAGGACUUCUACCAGUACUCGUGUGGGGGCUGGAUCAGGAGAAACCCGCUGCCCAAUGGGCGCUCCAAGUGGAGCACCUUCAACAGCAUCUGGGACCAGAACCAAGCCAUCAUGAAACAUCUCCUAGAGAACUCCACCUUCAACUCCAGCAGCGAGGCAGAGAGGAAGACGCAGCGGUACUACCUGUCCUGCCUCAAGGAGCAGAAGAUAGAGGAGCUGGGCUCUCAGCCCCUCAUGGAGCUCAUAGACAAGAUUGGGGGGUGGAACGUCACUGGCUCCUGGAACCAGACCAGCUUCAUGGAGGUGCUCAAGAUGGUGUCAGGCACAUACCGGGCUACACCCUUCUUCACAGUGUACGUGGGUGCAGACUCCAAGAGCUCCAACAGCAAUGUCAUCCAGGUGGACCAGUCGGGGCUUUUCCUCCCAUCCCGGGAUUACUACCUGAACAAGACUGCCAACGAGAGGGUCCUGGCUGCGUACUUGGACUACAUGGUGGAGCGGGGGGGUCCCCCGGCCCUCACCCGCCUCCAGAUGCAGCAGGUGCUGGACUUCGAAACGCAGCUGGCCAACAUCACUGUGCCACAGGCUGAGCGGCGGGACGACGAGAAGAUCUACCACAAGAUGAGCAUUGCCGAGCUCCAGACCCUGGCCCCCUCCAUUGACUGGCUGGAUUACCUGUCCUACGCCCUGGCCCCGCUGGAGCUGGCAGACACGGAGCCGGUAGUGGUGUAUGGGGACACCUACCUUCAGCAGGUUUCCGACCUCAUCAAUGCCACCGACAGGAGUGUCCUGAACAACUACCUGAUCUGGAACCUGGUGCAGAAGACGGCCUCCAGCCUGGACCAGCGCUUCGAGACAGCCCAGGAGAAGCUUCUGGAGACACUCUAUGGCACCAGGAAGUCCUGCACGCCCCGCUGGCAAACUUGCAUCUCCAACACGGACGACACGCUGGGCUUCGCCCUGGGCUCCCUCUUCGUCAAAGCCACCUUCGACCGGGACAGCAAGGCCAUUGCUGAGGAGAUGAUCAGUGAGAUCCGGGCAGCUUUUGAGGUGUCCCUGGACCAGCUUGACUGGAUGGAUGAGAAGACCAGGCAGGCUGCAAAGGAGAAGGCAGACGCCAUCUAUGACAUGAUUGGCUUCCCUGACUUCAUCCUGGACAACAAGGAGCUGGAUGACGUCUACGAUGGGUAUGAAGUCUCGGAGGACUCCUUCUUCCAGAACAUGCUCAACUUCUACAACUUCUCUGCCAAAGUGAUGGCCGACCAGCUCCGGAAACCUCCCAACCGUGACCAGUGGAGCAUGACCCCACAGACUGUCAAUGCCUACUACCUGCCCACCAAGAACGGGAUCGUCUUCCCCGCUGGCAUCCUGCAGGCUCCCUUCUACGCCCGCAACCACCCCAAAGCCCUUAAUUUCGGUGGCAUCGGUGUGGUGAUGGGGCACGAGCUGACCCACGCGUUCGAUGACCAAGGGCGGGAGUAUGACAAGGAAGGCAACCUGCGGCCAUGGUGGCAGAACUCGUCUCUGGAGGCCUUCAAGAACCGGACGGCAUGCAUGACGGAGCAGUACGGCCAUUACACUGUCCACCACGAGAAGGUCAACGGUCGGCAGACGCUGGGCGAGAACAUCGCUGACAACGGCGGGCUCAAGGCAGCCUACAACGCGUACAAGUCCUGGCUGGAGAAGAACGGGGAGGAGAAGCGCCUGCCAGCCCUGGGGCUCACCAACCACCAGCUCUUCUUCGUGGGCUUUGCACAGGUGUGGUGCUCUGUCCGGACACCCGAGAGCCCUGACAAGUACCGCGUCAUCGGCACCCUCAGCAACUCCCGGGACUUUGUGGAACAUUUUGGCUGCCCCCUGGGCUCCCCUAUGAACCCCGGCAAGCACUGUGAGGUGUGGUAG